GCAGCAAGGAACUGUCUGCUGGACAUGUGUGGGACUGUCAAAGUGGCUGACUUUGGUCUGUCACCACCAACUACUUUCGUCAGGGAAUAAGUAGUGUUGAUGCAGUUGAGAAAAAAGUACCCAUCAGGUGGAUGCCGCUUGAGAGCAUUGAGGAGGGCCUUUAUAACGAGAAGAGUGAUGUGUGGUCGUAUGGAGUGACAGUGUGGGAGAUAUUCACAUGUGGGAAGGUUCCCUACCAUGGCAUCAGCUGCAUGGCUCUCCCUCGUCUCCUCCGUGCUGGAGAACACCACGAGAAACCCUACAACACCACCUGCUCUGAAGAAAUG